UGAGCGACCAUUUAAGACUGUAACGUGACCAUUUGAAAAGGGGGGAAAGAAGACACAUAUUGUGAAAAAUGGCUAGCUUUCGGCCAACGUCGGAUCCACUCGGCCGUGCCAAACUGGUCAAAUCCAUGAUGACAAUUGUAUUCUGUAUGGUUAUAGGAUAUGCGUUCCUUUCCGUCAAAACUGACUCAUUCUUGAAGCGAGGAUUUGAGACUAAACUUGAAGGCGUCCCCAGAUUGAAAUCUGUCAGCCAAGAGGCGAAGGCAUCGGGCCGAAGGCUCCUGUUGGUCAGUGCGAACGGGGAUGAUGAGGCCAACUGUACUGUGAGAGGGAUCAGCAAGUUUCCACCUGGCGUCUUCACGAACGAGCAAAGGAAGAACGGGGCCCUGGUCGUCAACUUUCUCGUCGCUCUCUAUCUAUGCGGUGCUAUCGGUUACGUGUGCUCGGCCUAUUUCGUCCCUUCGCUUGAAAUACUUUGUGAACGUCUUAAACUCCAGCCCGAUGUAGCGGGAGCAACGUUUAUGGCGGCUGGAAGUUCAGCUCCUGAACUCUUCUCGGCUGUAAUUGGAACAUUCAUAUCUGAAGACGAUACUGGGCUGAGUGCUAUUGUGGGAUCGGCAGCAUUCAACAUCUUCGUCAUCAUCAGCUUAUGUUGCUUCUUCGCUGGCCAGGAACUCGUAAUUCACUGGUGGCCAUUUUGUCGCGACUGUUUUGUAUACGUGAUCAGUAUUUUGAUAAUGGUAGUUGUUAUUCUGGAUGGGGAAAUACAAUGGUGGGAAGGAUUAAUACUCUCCUGUGGUUACAUCGUCUACAUCGCCAUCAUGUAUUUCAACCCGUACCUUUCAAUGCGGGCCUCGGAAAUAGAGGAGAGAUGGAGACGACGAGGCGGUAACCACGGUAACCCAACAUCCGAAGACGGGGUAAGUUUACUCUCCGACAAACAGAGCGAGACUUCCUACGGAACGACGGCUUAUCACGAAACACAGACGCCGAACAGUGAGCUGAGUCGCCAUAGCAACGGGGCCAUUCCUAAUAUCGAUUGCGCUUACGAUCCCGAUGUCGAAGGCUACAAGGAGAAACCUCGCACGGUGACGACCACCAGCUCCGUGGUCACUGACCACCCGCCCCUCUCGGAGCACGACAGUCAUGUCUUCUAUCCACCGUCGUCAUGGUUCUUCCGCGUCCUCUGGGCCGUUGGCCUUCCCGUCAUCCUCAUCACCUUCCUUACCGUUCCCGAUUGUAGGAAACCGGGACUGUGGAGGCGGCUUUAUUUCUUCACCUUUAUCAUAUCGACCGCCUGGUUGGCUGGGUUGGCGUACGUACUCUAUUGGAUGAUCGUAGUGAUAGGAUACACUCUUGAUAUACCAGAUACAGUGAUGGGAAUAUCCUUGCUCGCGGGAGGGACAAGCGUACCUGAUGCCAUCGCUAGUAUCCUUGUAGCAAGAGAUGGAUACGGUGACAUGGCCCUGUCAAACAUUGUCGGGAGCAAUAUCUUCGAAGUGUUCAUCUGCCUGGGCCUGCUGUGGUUCAUCUACGGCGUCGCCAUCCAACAACCCGUCGAGAUCGCCAGCGAAGGGCUGGUCUUCACCACCAUCGCUCUCCUGCUCACCGUCGCUUUCAUCCUCCUCGCCAUCCACCUGAACGGAUGGAAGCUGGACUUCAAGAUGGGCGUCAUCUGCAUGGUCGUCUACCUCGGAUUCAUCGCCAUCGCGGUCCUUUGGGAGCUCGGGAUUAUCGUCGGGAUUGAAUUACCGGUCUUCUGCGACGGGCCGACCUGAUCUUAAGAUAAUACAGGUCACGUGGGAUCAUACAACCACGCGUCCCAUUAUCAUGAACUACGUAUGCCAUUAUUAAGACGUGGGCGGCAAGGUGCAAUGUCAGAGAAAACUUCAGGCAAUAUGAGACAGACCUGUUUUAUAUUAAAACCGGCGCUCACUAUACCACUGUGAUCUGAUUUUCAAAGCAAUGGUGCAAAGAUGGCAUUUGAUAUGAAUGUUCCGAGGGGAAGUCAACUGUGGGUGGUCUCUCAUUGACUGUGUGUUAUAAAAAUAUAGUCUUAAAAUAUCCUUUAUUUCGGACAUCUACUAAAUACAACAGAGAAUACAUUAACCGUUUGUAUUUGUAUAGAGAAACUAAAAUGUUUUGAGAGGAAAGUAAUUGUGCUACUUGGUAACAUAAUUGCUG